ACCUGCAUGGCUGCUCGAAUGCUCGUGUCAAGUCGCUAAAAAAGAGGUGGGUAAAACGCCCAAAUUUUGAUCACUCAAGGAAAUGGCGUGGUAAGUAAGUAUACCUUCAGGGAAUUCCGCGUGGAAAUAAACAGCCUCAUUGCGACGGGCUCAAAACCAUUUAUUUAUUUAGCAAUAAAGCGCAAUUUGUUGCGGUCUGCACGCACUUGACGUUGUUACAAAUCGUACGAGAAAAACUAUGACAUAACUGUUCCGAAUGUUUUGAUCACGUGAUAAUGGAGGCAGCGUUAUAUAGCACAGCAUAGCAUGUUCGUCUUAACGCACAUGUCAGACAACGUUAGGAUUGUGCCGUGGUUGUUCCACUUGAAUCCGAACGAUGCAAUAGCGGAAGAAUUAAAUCGCCGACUCGCUAAUAAGGUUGUCAUCAAUGUGGGAUUGUGCAUAGCUCUGUUUGACAUACUCAAGAUAGAAGAUUCUCGUAUUUUGCCUGGGGACGGAUCCUUUCAUACGACAGUGGAAUUUCGUUACACGGUCUUUCGGCCUUUCAUUGACGAAGUACUUAUUGGAAAGAUACGAAGUUGCUGUCAAGAUGGUGUUUACAUUUCCAUGGGAUUUUUCGACGACAUUUUGAUCCCUCCAAAUGCUUUGCAGCAUCCCUCACGAUUUGAUGAAGCUGAGCAGCUUUGGGUUUGGGAGUAUGAGAGUGAGGACAAGAAACACGACAUGUUCAUGGACUUGGGAGAGCAAAUACGGUUCCGUGUUGUCGCGGAGUCCUUCGUGGACACAUCUCCUGACAGUCCAGAUGUGGCAGAGAGACCUGAGAUUGAAGUGAAGGAAAAGCGGAUGCCUUAUUCGUUAACUGGCUCUAUUAGCGAACCUGGCUUGGGACUCUUGAAGUGGUGGACAUAAUAGUCUUCCCACAUAAUACUGCUCUUGAUGACAGACUACAGUGGACACAAGUAAAUUGGCACUUGACUUUGAAUGCAAACAACUGUGUGAUGAACAGAGCCAACCAAGAGAGUCUGUUUUUACACGCUCAUCAGACCAUUCAAGUAAACAACAAACGAGACUUCUUCCAGGAAGAUUAUGAUCAGGAAAGAUGUCUUGACGCUUUUGGAUAAACUUUUCCUGAUGAAAAACA